AUGGACAAGAUGCACUACUUGAGGACGAGCCUCAAGGAUGAGCCAGCUCGCAUCAUCUCCAACAUCGCCAUCUCGGAUGAUUCGGACCAGGUCCUGGUCUCUGUGGUGUCCCAACGGCUCAGCUCAAAGCUCCGAGAAGCAUGGGAAGUGAAAGUCGGGUCGUCCACCGACUUCCCCAGCUUUUCGGCCUUCAAGGAGGUCCUCACCGGGAGGGCUCGUGCCAUGGAGAGCAUGGAGAUCAAUAUGACCGCUCGCUCCACGGCUCAGGCUACGAAGCCUUCCACCGCCAGCUUCCGAAGGCCUCCCUUGUCGGUCAAGGUGCAUCACGGGGCCGCUCCACCGCCACAACAGUCAAGGCCACCUCCCAGGACCACUUCAUCAGGGAAAAUGACCUACCCCUGCUCGAUGUGCCAGGCAGACCACUAUCUAUCUACCUGCACAUCAUUUCGUCAGCUCACGGGGCCAGCUCGUCGGGAGUCAAGGACUGCAGAUCGCAGACGAGAUGCCAGCUCUGUGGAGCACACGCCGCUGCACUCCACCUCGACCACAGCUCCACCCAAGCCCAGUCACGGGCCACCUUCUAGGACCGCUCAAGGUACUGCCCAAGACCAGGCCGCUCUACCAUCAGCUCGGCCAUCUGGCGUACCAAUGGUCACGUACACCUACGGGGAUGGAGUGACUACCAUUGCCGUUUCCUGCUCUGCUCGUCUGCUCGAUUCCGGAAUUUCUGGCUGCCGUCCUGGGGUACUUCUGGCCACGAGUUUAGCUAAUCUCGUGUGUCCAGAUGGGACCGCUCACCACAUUCGUCUGCUCAUCGACCCAGGAUCAGAGAUAUCUCUCAUUGGAGACCACAUUGUGCGUCGGUUGGGACUUGCCAGGUCCAAGACUUCACUGCUCAUCUCCGGAAUCGGAAAUUCGGCAUCUGGGCCGGCACUAGGCAAGGUACCGCUCAUCAUACAGUCCACUCACUCUUCAUUUCAGCUGAGAGUCACGGCCUAUGCUCUCAGCCAGCUCACCACGUCGUUACCGACGUUUACAUCCGCACAGCUCAAAUGGGAUCAUCUUGAAGGGUUGCAACUCGCUGAUCCCAACUUCCUCGCGCCAGCACCGAUUGACGUCCUACUUGGUGCUGACGUCUAUGGUCAGCUCAUCCUGCCAAAAAGCAUCACCUAUGACCCAGAUUCACCAUCGGCUCAGCUCACUCGACUCGGAUGGGUCAUCUUAGGGCCCACUGAAGGUGUUGCGUUAGCUCGCACGGCCACAGCUCACCUUGCGGUAACCAAUGAGGCCCUCGACGGCUUACUCACCAGGUUCUGGGUCCAGGAAGAGGUUCCUGAGACCUCAGAGGUGCAACUCACCGACGAGGAAGCUCAGUGCGAGGAAUACUUCCGGCGGACGCACACCAGGGACUGCUCCGGACGUUACAUUGUCCGGCUACCGCUCAAGGCUCCGCCUUCAGUGCUUUCGGGAUUCACGAGCGUCCGCGCUCGCCUUCACCGACUGCUCAGGAAGUUCUCCCGUGAUGAGGGAUACCACCAACUCUACGCAGAAUUCCUCAGGGAAUAUGAAGCCCUUGGCCACAUGCGCCGGGUCUCCGGACAGCUCACUCAGGCAGCUCAUCGACAGCGUAUGGGGGAGUGCACCGCUCUCGGGACGACCUUGGCACAUGAAGCUCCGGCUUCAGGAGGGUUGAGGGUCCCGGAUAGCUCGUACUCCGCUCAGGCUGUCACUUCUCCGGAAUAUUUCUUCCCUCACCACGGUGUCGUCCGGACCAGCAGCGAGACGACGAAGCUCAGAGUUGUGUUCAACGGCUCCCAUAAGACCAGCUCGGGGCAGACGCUCAACGAGAUAAUGCAUACCGGAGCCAAACUCCAGAGAGACAUUGCUGAUGUACUGCUCUUCACUCGGCGGUAUCAGCUCAUCUUCAUGACGGACAUCACCAAGAUGUUCCGUCAAAUCGGAGUACAUCAGGAUGAUUGGCCGCUCCAACAGAUACUUUGGGCCGAUGCAAAUGGGGACGUCACCACAUAUCAGCUCACCACUGUCACGUAUGGAAUUAGGUCCGCUCCAUUCCUUUCCAUACGUUUCUUGAACCAGCUCGUGGAAGACGAGGGAAGCAACUAUCCACUCGCCGUGGAGCCGCUCGCGAAAGGGCGAUAUGUGGAUGAUAUUUGCGGAGGUGCUGACUCGGAGGAGGAGUUACCCGAGACCGCUCAUCACGUGACUCAGCUUUGUCAAUCAGGCGGCUUUCCGUUGGCGAAGUGGCACUCCAACAGUGCAGGUCUGCUCAGCGCACUCAGGUCGGACAGCACGUCCCACGAUCAAAAGGUGAUCGAGGACUCGCUCACCAAGAUCCUAGGGGUUUCAUGGCACCCAGGAACGGACAGCUUCACGUUGUCCGUCGCUCGGCCUGAAACCAGCUCCAUCUAA